AUGUAUAUCACUUAUCUCCCUCUAUAGUGUUAAAAUCAAUGUGUGAAUGUGAUCCUAUCAAUCCGUCCACCAUAUUACCUCGUCCAAGGAGCAUUGCUGCUCUCUGCUGGAAAAACUUCACUCGUAUUUACAGAAACCCUGGACUCCUCAUAUUCCAGUUCCUUCUUCCUGCCUUUCAGAUUGUAUUGUUUUGUUUAGCCAUUGGUGGCAAUUUCUCUGGAGUCAGUGUUGCCAUAAUGAACAGUGAUAGAGGAAUCAAUUAUUCUGAAGCAACGGGUAUGGGCGAGUACAUAUUCGACAAGUGCACUCCGUUUGAGAAUAUGGAUAAUUUUGGCUCUCUCUUUGUAUCAAAACUUGAUGACAAGUCGUUAGAUUUUACGUAUUAUGAUAGUAUGACAGAUGCCGUGGAUGCUGUGAAGAAAGGCAAAGCAUGGAUGGCUAUAGUCAUACCAGAGAACUUCACUCAAGACAUGGUAGAGAGACUAGGAUCGAUAAUUCUACAGGACAACAUACCAGAUGAUAUUAUCAAUGGAUCCACUAUUGAAAUAUAUGAAGAUGUCACUGAUCUUCAGAUGACAUACACAUUGCAAAAUAAGACCACAGCUGCUUCUGAGCUUUUUCUUGAAGCUUUCAUUAAUAAUUGCAAUGUUUCUAAAAAAGAUAUUUCGUCUCCACUCCAGGUCCACAAUCCUCCAGUUUACGGUGGCUUUCAUCUCUCAUACACAGACUAUGUUGCACCUGGAAUGAUUGUCAGUAUAACAUUUGGUAUGUCCAUUGGUCUGACUGCUCUCUCCUUUGUCAUUGAGAGAAAGGAGGGCCUCUUGGACAGGACGUGGGUAGCAGGGGUCAAUGUGACAGAGAUGGUCCUAGCCCAAAUCUUCACACAAUGUAUCAUUCUUUUUGUACAGAGCACUAUACUCAUAAUACUGGUCAGGUUUGCUUUCAAGGUGUAUAUGGUGCAUCUAAGAAGUAUAUUUUUAGUUGAGUUAUUGACAAUGCUGCAAGGACUGACAGGAAUGGCAUAUGGUCUCUUGAUAUCCUCUUUAUGCCAGCAAGAAACAUCAGCAAUGCAAAUAAUGGCCGGAUCAGUUUACCCUGUUCUCCUAAUGAGUGGUAUCAUAUGGCCACUGGAAGGGAUGCCCAAGUUCUUACGGUAUAUCAGUUAUGCUCUACCUACAACUUAUGCAGCUGAAGCAAUGAGAUCAAUAAUGGGAAGAGGAUGGGGUUUAGCUGAUAUGUUUGUAUGGAGAGGGUUCACCAUAACUAUUGCCUGGUUCUUAUUAUUUGGAGUAUUAGCUACCAUUGGUCUAAGACUAAGAAAAUGAUGAACUAAAAAUAAUACUACACAGAAUAAUAAUCAUAAUGUUAUGUGUAUGUGUACUAGUCUGCUAUAUAGAUAGUUCUAAUUUUUAAUAAUAAUA